AUGCGUUCAGCCCAGGUUCUGGCUCAUCUCUCGCUAUUUCUCUCGUCUGCUCAAGCUUUCUUUCCGUUUGAGGUCGACAGUCACUGUCCAUUUGUUGGCGGUUGCGGGUCUUCUGGAGCAAAGGAGACUAGGGAUCAAGAAGCGCUUGGAGAAGAUGCGGUAAACGCCAUCAAGGCCAUCAAGAACCCGGCCUUCCAUGUCGGUCCCCAGAUUACCAAAGACUCGACGGAGGAUUCUCAAUCUGACCGAGUUGCACGUGAGGUCGAACGUCUCACUCGCAAGUAUGCGAGGUUCCAAUCCGCCGAGGUAGUCCGGGAGAGGGCUCGCAAUGCCAAGAGACAAAGCCUCUACCGCAUCAUCACCGCAGCGGACACCACCCUCAAGAACGCCGCCCCUGUCGCACAGGAUGGCACGGACUUCUCCUACUUCGCCCAAGUCAAGUUCGGCUCUCAGCAGAAAGCUUUGUGGAUGCUCAUCGAUACCGGAGCUGGCACUAGCUGGGUGAUGGGCUCUUCCUGCAAGUCAUCCGCCUGCGAGAAGCACGGCUCCUAUGGUCCAACCGACUCCGACUCGUACAAGGACCUUUCUGAAGGCUUUUCUGUUGCCUAUGGCUCUGGAUCAGUCAAGGGCCAGAAGAUUUCAGAUAGCAUUUCAUUUGCCGGCAUGAACUUUGACUUCCAGUUCGGUGUUGCCAACGAAACCUCCGACGACUUCAACCACUUCCCCUUUGAUGGCAUCCUGGGACUCUCGAUGGCAGGUGGCGAGACGGAGAACUUCGUUCAGGUUGUCCAGAACUCCAAGCAGCUUGAUGCCACCAUCUUCUGCGUAUAUCUGAACAGAGCCGCCGACGGACCGAACACGAGCGAAAUCAGCUUUGGUUCCUGCAACCCCGACAAAUACACUGGCAACUUCACGUACACCGCUGUUGGCUCUGAGAACGGCGACUGGGCGAUUCCUUUGGACGGCAUUGCUUACGAUGGUCAGAAGUCCGGUGCGGCUGGCAAGCUUGCCUACAUUGACACUGGAACGUCUUACGUCUUUGGACCCCAGACUGACGUAGCCGCAUUCCACGCCAAUAUCCCUGGCUCAUCCUCGGAAGAUGGCACCACAUUCAAGGUACCGUGUGACAGCAACAAGGACGUUACAUACACCUUUUCUGGCACCAGCUAUGUCAUCUCUGCGAAGGACUGGCGGGGAUCUCAGAACAGCGAUGGCACUUGCACGAGCAACAUCUAUGGGCAUGAGGUUGUGCCGGGAGCCUGGUUGCUGGGUGAUGUUUUCCUCAAGAACGUUUACGCGGCCUUUGACAAGGACCAGAAGCGUAUUGGAUUCGCAACCAGGAAUGAUCCCCCGCCAACCACCACUACAACAGCUGAUGCCACCGCCACACCCGCAGUGGUGAACCAGCCCGGCAUCACCACUGUCGUCUCAGCAGGGACGACGGCCACUCUUGGCCUUAGCGGCCAUGAGACGUCUGCCGCAGCCGCAACGCAGUCCACAGGCACGCAAUCUGGCGCAGCAGCCUUUGCCUCUUUUGCCUGGGUCAACGUCGCUGCCGCUGCGUCCUUCUGCCUCUUCACCACGCUCGGAUUCUACUGA